AGAGCAGUAUCUCAUUUCUAAACCAAACAGGAUUGUAGAAGCUUUCCCUUGAUUGGCGAAAAAGUGGCUUUUAAAAACAAGCCAAACAGAUAUCCAUCCUUUAGGGAGACCCUGGGACGUGCCAGAUGAUUCUGCCAAUUUUUCAUGGACGGAAACACAGAGCAGGGAAGAACUGGGAUUUAUUUAAUGGGGAUGUGUUCAAGGCAAGAGCGAAUUCAGAAGGAUAUCGACGUCGUGAUCCAGAAGUCCAGAGCUGAGAAGGACUGCCUGUUUGCAGAUUUCAGAUACUCAGACUCCACCUUUACUUUCACCUACGUUGGCGGCCCCAAAAGUGUAUCCUAUUCAGUACAUGUAUCUGAAGAUUACCCAGAUAAUACAUAUGUGUCAAGUUCAGAAAAUGAUGAAGAUGUAUUAGUUACUACAGAGCCAAUUCCAGUAAUUUUUCAUCGAAUAGCAACAGAAUUAAGAAAGACAAAUGACAUUAACUGUUGCUUAUCCAUAAAAUCCAAAUUACAGAAGGAAAAUGGGGAGGAGUCAAGACAAAAUAGUACGGUGGAAGAAGAUUCUGAAGGAGAUAAUGAUUCUGAAGAAUUUUAUUAUGGAGGACAGGUGAACUAUGACGGGGAGCUGCACAAGCACCCCCAACUCGAAGCUGAUUUGUCGGCAGUGAGAGAGAUAUAUGGGCCACAUGCAGUUUCUCUCAGGGAAUAUGGAGCCAUUGAUGAUGUAGAUAUUGAUCUGCAUAUUGAUGUUAGCUUUCUUGAUGAGGAGAUUGCUGUGGCCUGGGAAGUGAUUCGAACAGAACCUAUAAUUGUCCGUCUACACUGUUCGCUUACACAGUAUUUAAAUGGCCCAGUGCCCACUGUUGAUGUCUUUCAGAUUUCCACAAAAGAGAGAUUUGGACUGGGACAUCAGCUGAAAAAAAUCAUGCAGACAUUUGUUACACAGCAGUGGAAACAGAGCAAAGAAAAAUCCAGUUGCCUGCACAAUAAGAAGCUGUCAGAGAAGAAAGUGAAGUCUCCCCUGCAUCUAUUUUCUACCUUGCGCAGGUCGCCAAGUUAUCCUCCCCCUGGUUGUGGAAAAAGCAAAUCCAAACUGAAAUCGGAGCAAGACGGGAUCUCCAAGACGCAUAAGCUGCUGCGGAGGACUUGUUCCAGCACAGUCAAGACGGAGGACGUGUGCGCCCCGAAGCCGCACAGGACCUUCGGUCGCUCGCUGUCCAGCGACCCCCGGGCUGAGCAGGCGGUGACGACCAUUAAGUCACACAAACUCUUGAACCGUCCCUGCCCUGCAGCUGUCAAGCAGGAGGACUGCCUCGCUCUCAAGUCUCACAAACUCUUGACUCGCUCUUGUUCUGGAGACCCGCGCUGUGAGCACAACGCCAGCCUGAAGCCUCACAAACUGCUAAGCAGGUCUUAUUCCAGUAACCUCAGAAUGGAAGAAUUAUACGGACUCAAGAAUCACAAGUUGCUCAGCAAGUCUUACUCCAGUGCCCCCAAGUCAUCCAAAACGGAGCUUUUCAAGGAACCCAGCGCAGAGGGCCGGAGGCUCUCUCUUACCUCAGGGCUCAUUGGUAUCUUAACACCAUCAUCAUCUUCAUCUUCCCAGCCUGCUCCAAAUGGUGCCAAAUGUAUUCCAGUACGAGACCGUGGCUUCCUAGUGCAGACAAUUGAGUUUGCUGAACAGCGGAUCCCUGUGUUGAAUGAAUACUGUGUGGUUUGUGAUGAGCCACAUGUGUUUCAAAAUGGCCCCAUGCUUAGGCCUACUGUGUGUGAACGAGAGCUGUGUGUAUUUGCUUUUCAAACCCUGGGAGUAAUGAAUGAAGCUGCUGAUGAAAUAGCAACUGGAGCUCAGGUGGUAGAUCUACUAGUAUCCAUGUGUAGGUCCGCACUGGAAUCUCCUAGAAAAGUUGUCAUUUUCGAGCCAUAUCCUUCUGUGGUAGAUCCUAACAAUCCUCAGAUGCUGGCCUUCAACCCAAGGAAGAAGAACUAUGAUCGAGUAAUGAAAGCAUUGGACAGCAUAACUUCUAUUAGAGAAAUGACACAAGCACCGUAUCUGGAAAUCAAGAAGCAGAUGGAUAAACAAGACCCCCUUGCUCAUCCCUUACUGCAAUGGGUUAUUUCAAGUAAUAGGUCACAUAUUGUGAAACUGCCAGUUAACAGGCAACUGAAGUUCAUGCACACUCCCCAUCAAUUCCUUCUUCUCAGCAGUCCACCAGCCAAAGAAUCCAAUUUUAGAGCUGCUAAAAAACUCUUCGGAAGCACCUUUGCAUUUCAUGGCUCGCACAUUGAAAACUGGCACUCCAUUCUGAGAAAUGGUCUGGUUGUUGCUUCUAAUACACGACUGCAGCUCCACGGUGCAAUGUAUGGAAGUGGAAUCUAUCUUAGUCCAAUGUCAAGCAUAUCAUUUGGUUACUCAGGGAUGAACAAGAAGCAGAAGGUGUCAGCCAAGGAUGAGCCAGCUUCAAGCAGUAAAAACAGCAACGCAUCACAGUCACAGAAAAAAGGACAGCAAUCUCAGUUCCUGCAAAGCCGUAACUUAAAAUGCAUAGCCUUAUGUGAAGUGAUCACCUCACCUGACCUGCACAAACAUGGAGAGAUAUGGGUCGUCCCAAAUACUGAUCAUGUCUGCACACGGUUCUUUUUUGUCUAUGAAGAUGGCCAAGUGGGAGACACAAAUAUUAACACACAAGAAGGAGGCAUUCACAAAGAGAUCCUUCGAGUAAUUGGUAAUCAAACUGCUACUGGUUAAAGGACCACCAUUUAAUUAACAUGAUUUGAAAGCCUUCCUCGGGUUCAAAGCUGGAUUUUGAACUGAAGAAGAUGAUAAAAUAAUUUAUUGUUAUUAUAAACAAAAUUAACCCUUUGAAUACUGAUUUUUUUCUUAGUAUUUCUAAGUUUCUCAUUAAAUACCUAAAAUGGUAUAAAAUUUAUCAAUUGUAGGGUUAUGGAAUCUAGUAAUAAAAUUACAACAGCACUUAAACUGAAGUUUGGGUUCCUCACACAAUAAACAGAUUGAAAAAA